AUGAUCAAGAUGGAGAUCAUACUACAUUCACACCUGAAGAAGCACCCGCAUAUCAUACACUGUCUGGGCUCUGGCGAAGACACACUAUGGACUUGGAUAGCCAUGGAACUCGCCGAGGGAGGAGACUUGUUUGACAAGAUCGAGGCAGACGAGGGUGUUGGAGUCGACAUUGCGCAUUUCUACUUCUCCCAGUUGGUUAGUGCGGUUCGAUACAUGCACUCCCAGAACCAGCUUCUUCGUACAGGCGUGCGUGUCGUGGUGGGCCACAUCCUCUCCGCAUUGUUGAAGACGCUGUUCCGCGUCGAGUCCACGAUAUGUUGGCACUGA